GUACUUUUGUAAAUCAUGUAUUCAACUUUUGUCUAUAUAUAGUACUUUUGUAAAUUAACAUUGUUGAUAUACGAAAAAUAGGAUCUAUAAGCUCCAAAUUGGCCGCUUAGACUCGCAUCGAAUUCAUCUCCCAGAAAUAUUUAAACUAUAAUCACUAGAUUGCCAGUUGCGAAUUCAAGAAAGAGAGAAAUGUCUAGAAUUCAUCCAUCUUUGGAAAACAAAAGCGGAUUAAAUCGCCUAACAAGCGAUGAUCAUGAUCAUCUGGACCCGAUUCCAGUUCCAGUUUCAAGUCCAAAACACACGACUCUUACUGUAUGGAAACGAUCAAGCAUGAGCUUCCAUGGCACUGAUGGGUUCACUGUGUAUGAUCGCAAUGGAAAGCUGGCUUUCCGCGUUGACAACUACUCCAGGAACAGCCAUGUUCGAAGCCGCUGGUCUUGCUCUUCUGUUAACACUAACGGUGGCGCCGGAUGUGGUGGUGGUGGUAGCGGUGGUGGUGCUCUUGUCCUCAUGGACGGAUCCGGCAAUCCUUUAAUUACCCUCAAACCACAGAUUUUCAGUAUUCAAAACCAGUGGAAUGGAUGUAUAUAUAGAGAAGAUGAUAACAUAUCAUCAAAGAGCAACAGAAGAAUCUUCAUGAUGAGGAGACCAUCGUCGUCUAUGAUGGCUUUAGGAAGAACAAAACACGAGCAAGAUGAAUGCGAGGCUGAAGUCUUCUUCACAGGCACGACAACCGAGCACCAAAACCAUCAUCAUGCAGAAUCGGAAACCGGUGGCGGCGGUGGUUGUGAUUCAAGAAAACUAUUACGCAAACCUGAUUUCAGAAUAGAAGGUUCGUUUUGGAAUCGUAAUUGCAAGAUCAAGAGCACCGGUAGCGGAGAAGUGGCGGCAAAGAUUAUGAGGAAGAGAACAGCUCCGGGAGCGGCGAUGAUGAGUGGUGGCAGUAGCAGCACUGGUAGUACGAUAAUGUUGAGUGAAGAGGAUUCCAUUCAUCAACAAUAG